AUGAGCUUGACUUCGCGCGUGUUCAGCCUGUUCACAUCGACAGAGAAGCCCGCCGAUACCACUUCGCCGGCUGUUCCUUCGGCCAAUACCCACGAUGCCGCUCAUACUGCGCCGAUAAGGACGUCAACAGACACGGAUGUACACAAUGGACUGGCAGACCUCGAAGAGGAGGAGCCUCGUCCUCCAUAUCUACAUGCAAUGCUCGCUGGUGGUAUAGGUGGUACCUGCGGUGAUAUGCUUAUGCAUUCAUUAGAUACUGUCAAGACGCGUCAACAAGGCGACCCUCACAUUCCUCCCAGAUACACUUCGAUGACGUCGUCAUAUGCGACAAUAUACCGACAAGAAGGGCUUCUGCGUGGACUGUAUGGUGGGGUUACGCCUGCCCUGAUGGGCUCGUUCCCGGGUACACUGAUCUUCUUCGGUGUUUAUGAGUUCACGAAGCGGAAGAUGCUGGACGCGGGGAUCAAUGCCAAUGUGGCGUAUCUAUCUGGUGGAUUUUUCGCAGAUCUGGCCGCCUCGGUCGUUUAUGUUCCUUCAGAGGUUGCGAAGACUCGACUACAACUUCAGGGCCGCUAUAACAACCCGUACUUCAAAUCCGGAUACAACUACCGCUCCACUGCAGAUGCCUUCCGCACCAUCGUUCGUCAGGAAGGAUUCUCUGCGCUCUUCUACGGCUACAAGGCUACGAUUUACCGCGAUCUUCCGUUCUCCGCCUUGCAAUUCGCGUUCUAUGAGCAAGAACAGAGGCUGGCCAAGGAGUGGGUUGGUUCUCGAGAUAUCGGGCUGGGUUUGGAAAUCUUUACAGCCGUUACGGCCGGUGGAAUGGCAGGUGUCCUCACGUGUCCUAUGGACGUGGUAAAGACGCGGGUUCAGACGCAGCAGAACCCGCCGGAGCCUACUGCGGCUCCAGCCCACAAACCCUCGGUAGAGCAGAAACCAAAGUCCGGGAUGCAGACGCAAUCACGAUCGAUUUCUACGAGGGCGCCCGCGGCGUCUCCCGCACCACCCGGAGCAUUGCGGCUGGACAACUCGUCAUUCUUUACCGGCUUGAAGAUGAUUUACAAGACGGAAGGAAUUGCAGGUUGGUUCCGAGGUGUCGGCCCGCGCGGAGUGUGGACCAGUAUUCAGAGCGGGACGAUGCUGGUCAUGUACCAAUACCUGCUCAAGCAGUUCGAAGCGUUCAGCGAAGCAGACGAUACGAACCCCCUCUGA